AUGACGGGCGCCACCAGCUGUCUUAUAGUGCUGCUACUUUUGAAAAAGUCUCAUUUAUGGCCAUUUUCAGUGACUGACAUCCAAUGCACAUUCGCUACCACCGGCUCUGGUAUACGAGACUCCGUGUCAGCGUUGUUAAGGAAGCCCGAGGGGUUCCGUGGGGCUCCGCUGUUCGCUGACGACCGCGCCACAGACCCCAUCGCAGACCCCGUCUGUCAAAUAAGACCCGAGCCCGAAGACCCCACUGGAUUACUAUACAGAUUACGAAUAACAGAUUUCACGAAAUGCGGCGUACUAAAGAGAAAUGGUUUCGUGCACGUCCGCAUCUGGUUCCCUCAGUUCCCGGGGGUGGUGAUGCAAUCAGACCAGGAGCUGAUCAUCAUGUGCAAGCCUCCAGAACCCACCAUCAUAGAAAACAAGGCAGCGGGGUUUGCGGGUAGCUUUCCGCACGGCGCUCGCGUAUCCGGUGUCGUCGAAGAAACUCCGGGCCGUCUUGAGUAUGAAGUAGCGCUGUAUAAGGAGGCGCCCCCUGUGUCGCGACACUCAAACCACUCAUUGGACAUGCCUGUUGACCAGGCUGUACCAAUCGGAACUAAAUUACAAUUAAGAGCUCGCAUCAAUCCGGACUCAGCGUGGCGACAUAUAAAACUAUUAGAAGUGGCUGUGUCUCCCGAUCCUGAUAGACCUCACGCUAAUGGCGCCGUGUUACUCGUGAAAGACGGAUGCCGGAACAGAGAUUUCGCAUCUAUCAUACCGCACCAGCCGGCGAGGUAUAGAGAGAGGCAUAACGAAGUUUUUUUGGACUUCGAAGCGUUCCUCUUGGCUUCGAUGAAGGAACGUUCCACUUUAUGGAUCCACUCACAGAUCAAGGCGUGCAUGGACGCCGCUGACUGCCAGCCGGACUACUGCCUCGACUUAUAUGAACCAUCAGGUCACGGUCGUCGUAGGAGAUCGCUGGCUGAAAACGAAACGAAGACGAUCUCAGACAGUCAAUACACGCGCUUCAAGGAGAACCUGGAGUACUCGGUUGUGAUGCCGGGGGAGUUAUUCCACAAGAAGUCUUUAGAGGCGACCUGUGCAACCUCCAUGAUGGUCGCGGUCGCUCUCGGAGCACUGCUCUUCAUGUCCGCCUUAUUGAUGUGCUAUCUCGCUACUAAGUUGAAUUCAACGAUGCUCAAAAAUAGCAGUCUCCAAACGCCAAGUGGGAAAGGUUUUGAACAAAUAUUAAGAGAACUGGCGCAUCACUCACUGCCUGACACUGGAUACACGGGUCGUCCCACCGUACAAUAA